AUGGACAACGGACUCCAAGCAAAUACAGUCAGCGCGCGCGACCCCAGCUCGAGCGCUGCCCCUGCGCCACCCGUGAAGCGCAGGCCUGGCAGACCCAAGGGCAGCGGCAAAAAGCAUCUCAGCACCCCGAAUGCCCUUGAGAAGAUUAAGCGCCCUGUCGGACGCCCGAGGAAGGACGGGUUGCCUGCGGGCUCGGUGGGCCCGAGGAGGUCGACGACGAGGAAGGCUGCUGUGGAGAAGGGUGGCGCACCGUCAGCUAGUGCGGGUCCGGCGGGGAUGUCGUUUGCUGGGGCAUUCUAUCCGCAGCACCCAGGUAUCGCUGGUGGAUGGCAGGGCUUCACGCCACUCGGCGCGAGCGCGUCUGCGUCUGCUCCUCCCGCUGGAAUCAGCGCGUUCUCUGUGGUGCCACAGGUGGACCCUUCGCUGAACCGCGACGAGUGGGCGGUUCUGGCGCGCACGAAGCCCAACGUGUUCCUUCAGUCCCUCUGCGCCACGCUCGCAGCCCCUAACCCCCUGCCCACCGUCGGUCCUACCGUCGAAGACGCAUUCAAGUCGCACCUUGCGUCCUUGAGCCCUCCCGCCGCGAAAGACGGCAACAUGAACCCGAAUGGCGCCCCACCCCUUCCGCCCCUCUACUCUGUCCUCAAGACGUUCUGGCUCCCUUCCUCUCCCGCUUAUCUGUCGUUGAUCACGCCUGGCCAUACGGCGAAGCUCCUCUCGGAGCACCGCUUCCUGUACUGGGACCCGCUCCCGCUCGUGUUCAACGGCAUCCCGUGCCCCGCGUGCAAUGCGCCGCUCAUUAACAAGGGCCGCAUCCGCACGGGUCCACUCAAGGUAUACGAUCUCGAGCGCCCGUUUUUCAUCAUCGGGUGCGAGUAUGCGUGCCGCAGCGCCGCGUGCGUCGCAGCGACGUCCUCGCCCGAGGGACGGCGCUUCGCGAGCGUGGACAAGAGCAUUAUGCAGGCGCUGCCGACGCGCCUCAAGGACGAGCUGCCGGCGCGGCUACUGCAGAAUGACGGGGACAUGGGCAGCGGGGUGGACGUGUGGGGGUGGCACGCGCUUGGUGUGAGCAAGCAGCUGUGGAAUAUGGUCAAGGGGUGUUUGAGGGCGGGGAUGGGGCGGGAUGCGAUUUUGGGGGUGAUUGCGAGCGUGCAGAAUCCGUUGCCGGAGGAGAAGCAGGAGGAAGAAGAGGAUGCGGAGGGGGAGAGUCUGGCUGCGAGUGGGAGCGGCGGUGGCGGUGGCGGUGUCGUUGGGAAUGGGAAUGGGGUUGAGGUGCACGGGAAUGGGAAUGGGAGCGGGGCUGCGGAGGGGCAUGGGGCGAGCGAGGAUGCGACGAUGGAUGCGGCGCCUGGUGCGGAUGGAGGUGCCCAACCUCAAGUGCGUGCGUCCGAUCUCCUUGCUGCGUACUUCGCUGCGUGA